AUGGCUCUGACCAACAGGGGUGUGGGUCAGCUCAAGGACUUGGCAACCAUGGUUGCAGAGGAGCCACUGUCGGAUGCUCAAGUUGAAGCUUUCCAGGCUGUCUUUAAGUUGUUUGCCACCGAUAGUCUUGGCUGCAUCGACGUAGUGGGUCUCUCUUCCCUAUUGGACACAGUAAACAUGAGACUCAGCCCUGAGCAGAUUGAGGCUGCCCUACAUAGGGCCGACUAUGACGCAGAGUCCCCUGACCCAUCUCAGAGUGUGGAUCAGUCCGACUCUGUAUUCUACAAAGCCUUGAAUCAGAUGCUGAAUGCGGGCCUCAUUCCCAGCAGUGCCACUGGGGAGAUAGUUCGGUAUUACCAUAAGAAGUCGCUGCGUCAUGUGUUGCGGGUGGCGCCGCAUCAGGACAAAAGCAGGGGUCACGUGAUCACCUACUACGCCAAGGGGGCCCAUCUGGUGGGCCUGCAGCCCAAGCAGCUGAUGAAGUACAUCAAACCCAAUGCUCCCAGUACCAGCCCAUACUCUAAGCGGCCCAGCCUGAACGUCAAGUCAAAGGUCAUGGUGGGCAAGCGGGUGGCGACACAGGGAAGUGUCCCCUCUGCCAAGACCUGGAAGACCGUGGAGAUCGAGGAGCGCAUCAGACAGUUAUCAAUCAAGUACCCAGGAAAGGAGACUAAGGACAUGAUCACUCCGAUCAAGAUCAAGGUGGACCUGCAAGUGAAGGACAGAGAACGUCUCACCUAUGACAACAUCAACCAAAUACGCAUCAAGUCCAAAGAGGGCUUGAACACCUACCUGGAGACGCUGAGCCAGUAUAAGCAGCGGGAUUCCUGGGACUCCUGGGGCUCGCUGCAGAGCUACCACAACUCUCUGGGCCACAAUGCCUUCUCUGACACAUUCUCCACCUACAGCUGGAGCUGGAGUGGCUGCCGCAACAUGCUGCAGCCCUGCGACCUGCUGGAAGAGAGGCACAACUUGCCUCUGCUGCCAAACCAGUAUUAG